ACGAGGUGACACCAGAACCACUUGGGGACAUCAGGGGGUGACACCGGAACCGCUUGGGGGCAUCACGAGGUGUCCCCCGGGCCGGCCAUGAACCGUGGCGGCGACGAGCAGAGCCUGGGGCAGACAAAGGAGGUGCCAAGACCCCUCCAGGUCCCGUGUCCCCCACUCUCCGUGUGUCGCCGUGCCCGGUCACCCUCGCUGCUGGCACCGCUGGAGGUGACGCGGGGCUGGCAGCAGCAGCACGGGUGGCACCUGGCUGGUGGCAGUGUCCCCAAGCCGGCAGUGACGUCCUGUGGGACGUGCUGAGCCAGCCUCUCCCUCCAGCGGAUCCCGGAGCUCCGGGAGCCCCGGGCGGGUCCGGGCCGGGGGCCAGCGCGGCGUUCGGGCAGGAUGUUCCCCCCGCCGGGCUGCAGGAGGGGCGGCCCCCCCGAGCCCGGCCCGCGGUGGGAUGGGCCAGGGCCGUGUCCCCCUGGUGGCCCCGAGGACACCUGGGAUGGGCCACCCCGGCACCACAGGAGGCACGGGGACAGAUGGUGCCCGCCCGGCCCCCGAGACCCCAGACCCUUCCCUGGCCCCGGUGACGGCCCCUGGAAUGAGGAGAUGGAGGAGGAUGGGACAUGGGGACCCCACAAUCGUCCCCCGCCACCCCCGUGGGGUCACAGAGAAGCCAUCCCGGGACCUGAGGGUGAUUUCAGAGAGCGCUGGCACCCGCCCRGUCCCUUCCCUGGCCCCGGUGACGUCCCUUGGCAUGAGGAGAUCGAGAACAGGACAUGGGGACCCCACAACGGCCCCCCACGGCCCCCCUGGGAUGACAGAGAAGAUUUCCAAGGAUCUGAGGACAGCCCUGAAGAGUGCUGGUACCUGGAUUUGCCGCCUGACCCCUGGCCUGAGUACCCUGAGGAGCAGCAGCAGCCCCGAGGAGCACCUGUAGGGGUUCACAGYGGGUUCCGGGGUCACCCCGCACCCUUGAGGCGCCCCCGCCACCCCCGCAGGUGCCACCAGCGCCAGCUGAUCCCGGUGCCACGGCUGUGGUGUCCCCCUGCGCCCCGAGGGCACAGGGUGCACCCCAAAACUGCUGCUCGCCGCCUGCACCACCUGCAGGAGCUGGAGGACUUCAUCGACCGCUACGACUCGGCCACCGCCAGCCUCUGA